AUGGCGCGAGAAUGCACCGAGGAGGGUCUCGUACUUACGGCAAUGGUGGUAGGAGUCGACGAUCACGUGACACUUACGUCGCAGGGCCGCUUGUCGCGCGACCGUGCGAGGCCAGCCAUUUUGAUUAGUAACAUGGCGUCAGCGGAGAUUAAUAUGGCGUCCUCGGACAUAAUAACCGAAGUGGAGCCAGAAAUCCAGGAAGUCGAAAUCGAAACAAUACCGGUGGAAAUACCUUGCGAAACGGUGGAAACGACUAUUGAAGGGGACGAUGGACAGCCGAUGAUCGCAUUACAACCAUUACCGGAACCAGGCCGUGAAGAAAUCAUUCUACAGACGCAAGAGGAAAUCGUCGGCGCCGAUCCACUGAGCGUGUACGAUCAGAUACCCGUACCAGAGAACGACAUUUAUGUCGAAUCGAGUCCUGGACCAUCGAGGAAGGGUACGAAGAAAGCUAGAAAAGGUGGAGCUUCUAGAUUUCGAACCUCCGAUCACGCAAUAUUCGGUGAAAUGGGCUCAGAAACGAAAGCAAGAAAGUGGGAGCAGAAGCAAGUGCAAAUCAAAACCCUUGAGGGGGAAUUCUCGGUGACAAUGUGGGCAUCUGGAACGGACGACGAUGAAGGCUCUAAUCCAGAACCUGAUCCAGAUUAUACUGAAUAUAUGACUGGCAAGUCAAAUACAAAGUUUAAUCAUUCUGGAAGUUCUGUUUCCGAUGGAAUGCCAGGUCUCGAUUUAUCAGAUCCUAAACAGCUAGCUGAAUUUGCCAGACCAGGACAUAAAUUGAAAGUACGCAAACCACCUGUUAUGGAUGGUGUAGAACGUACAAUUGCUUGUCCUCACAAAGGCUGCACAAAAAUGUUUCGAGAUAACAGUGCUAUGCGUAAGCACUUACACACACAUGGUCCUAGAGUACAUGUAUGCGCAGAGUGUGGAAAGGCUUUUGUUGAAAGUUCAAAAUUAAAGAGGCAUCAGUUAGUGCACACAGGAGAAAAACCUUUUCAAUGUACAUUCGAAGGGUGUGGCAAAAGAUUUAGCCUUGACUUUAAUUUGCGAACCCAUGUCAGAAUCCACACAGGUGACAGACCAUAUGUUUGCCCAUUUGAUGGUUGUAGCAAAAAGUUUGCACAAUCCACGAACCUUAAAUCGCACAUAUUGACCCAUGCCAAGGCUAAAUCGCGAAAUGCCAUUGGAAGACAAGUACAACAAAUUCAACUUCAACAACCUCAAUUCGUCCAAGUCGAAGUUGCGGAUGUGGACAACCAGCAAUUUAUUGUCUAUGCUGAUUAG